AUGGCUACGAUAGGGACUCAGAGAAGUACUACAGUAAUUGCCCCAGUAGUGUGGGGGGGAGAUGUGGCAAGCUACAUGUCCAUAUCAUCCAUUAGAAAGGGAGGAAUUAAAAGAAGCAAGAGGGGAAACAAGGAGAAAAGGGAUUGGGUCAAGAAGCCAGUCCUUCAACAAAGAAGGAAACAAAUCAAAUCAAACAGGAAACCGGUUACCUGGUCCUUGACAUCAUCAGAACUUCAAGACUUGGGAAAAGAUUCCAGCUGUUCACCAGGUGAGUGGUUUUCUGCCUGGCUGUUUGAAUGCUGGCAUAACAGGGCCAAGAGCCAGCAGUUAGAAGGUCAUGAUGCCCAGCAGCUGGGAUCCACUGCUAGAGAUCAGGGAAUUGAAAGAGGAAUCAAAAAAGGAAGCAAUUUGCAGUCUCUGGAGAUGGCUCCUCUCAAGUGUAGGGGCAAGACACUUCCUUUGGGGCUGGGAGAUGGACAGCUCUUUACCUGGACUGAUGGCCUGAAAAGGAAGGACUGGCAUGAUUAUGAAAGCAUUCAAAAAGAUGCUAUGCGUUCAGGGAAAGGUGAACAUGGGAAACCGUACCCUCUUACAGAGGAAGACCAUGAUGAUUCUGCUUAUAGGGAAAAUGGCUUCAACAUAUUUGUUAGCAACAACAUAGCCCUGGAACGGUCCCUGCCAGACAUCCGACAUCCUAACUGUAAGCACAAGGUGUACUUGGAAGCACUACCGAACACGAGCAUCAUCAUCCCGUUUCACAACGAGGGCUGGACUUCGCUCCUGCGCACCAUCCACAGCAUCAUCAACCGCACCCCAGACAGCCUGAUCGCAGAGAUCAUCCUGGUGGAUGACUUCAGUGACAGAGAACAUUUAAAAGAGAAGCUGGAGGAAUACAUGGUCCGCUUUGCCAAGGUGAGGAUUGUGCGCACCAAGAAACGGGAAGGGCUCAUUCGGACCAGGCUGCUGGGAGCCUCGCUGGCUAGAGGAGAAGUCCUGACAUUUCUGGAUUCCCACUGCGAAGUCAACGUGAAUUGGCUGCCACCCUUGCUCAACCAGAUUGCACUUAACCACAAAACCAUCGUGUGUCCUAUGAUCGAUGUCAUUGACCACAAUCACUUUGGCUACGAGGCGCAGGCGGGGGAUGCCAUGCGAGGAGCUUUUGACUGGGAAAUGUACUACAAAAGAAUUCCGAUUCCUCCAGAGCUCCAGAGAGCUGAUCCCAGCGACCCCUUUGAGUCUCCUGUAAUGGCUGGAGGUCUGUUUGCGGUUAACCGGAAAUGGUUUUGGGAGCUGGGAGGCUAUGAUCCAGGAUUAGAAAUAUGGGGAGGAGAGCAGUAUGAAAUCUCCUUCAAGGUGUGGAUGUGUGGAGGUGGCAUGUAUGAUGUUCCAUGCUCUCGAGUUGGACAUAUCUAUAGAAAGUACGUCCCGUAUAAAGUCCCUUCUGGAACCAGCCUUGCACGGAACCUGAAGCGAGUGGCCGAGACGUGGAUGGAUGAGUUUGCAGAGUACAUUUACCAGCGACGGCCUGAGUACAGACAUCUCUCCACUGGUGACAUCUCUGCCCAGAAGGAGCUGCGCAAGCACCUCAAGUGUAAAGAUUUCAAGUGGUUCAUGGCUGCAGUGGCUUGGGAUGUCCCCAAAUAUUACCCUCCUGUGGAGCCUCCACCUGCUGCCUGGGGGGAGAUUCGAAACGUGGCAGCCAACCUGUGUGUGGACAGCAAACACGGAGCCACAGGGACUGAGCUGAGGCUGGACAUCUGUGUGAAGGAUGGCUCAGAACGAACAUGGUCACAUGAACAGCUCUUCACCUUUGGUUGGAGAGAAGACAUCCGUCCUGGGGAGCCACUUCACACCAGGAAGUUCUGCUUCGAUGCCAUCUCACACAGUAGCCCUGUCACACUGUAUGACUGUCAUGGGAUGAAGGGAAACCAGCACUGGAGCUAUAGGAAGGACAAAACUUUGUUCCAUCCGGUAAGCAGCAGCUGCAUAGAUUGCAACCCAGCUGAGAAGAAGAUUUUCAUGAACAGAUGUGAUCCUUUAUCUGAAACUCAACAGUGGAUUUUUGAACAUAUUAAUAUGACUGUUUUAGAAAAAUUUAACAGCAAGGCCAGUUCCUAGAAGGAAAA